GAGCGGCUCGCUCCGGGUUCCGGCUCGCUCCGAGGAUGGUUAUGCGGCGGCUGCUGGCCGCCCUGCUGCACAGCCCGCAGCUGGUGGAGCGUCUGUCCGAGUCGCGGCCCAUCAGGCGGGCGGCGCAGCUCACGGCCUUCGCACUGCUCCAGGCCCAGCUACGCGGCCAGGACGCUGUCCGGCGUUUGCGAGCCCUCGCGGCUGGGCCUGCGGGCUCCCUGGGCCGCCGCGCUGCCCGCUUCAGAGAUACCUUCACUCAGGAGCUACGCCGCGGCCUCCGGGAGCGCCCUGGGCCACCACCAGGUAGCCAGAGGGGCCCGCGCGGAAACCCUUGAACCUGGCUGGGCCGGACCGAGGUUGCCUCUUUCCCUUCUGGGCUUGACAUAGGCUUCGGCGCUAAGGAGUCAUUCUCUGGGCACUACGCACUGUUUGGAAUUCUGACUCGGAUUGUCGGCCUACAAAGGUUCCAUUCAGCAGAGAGCCCAGGCUAUACCGACAUGCCCCGCGAGGUACUGUGAUGUGACAAGGCAGUGUGUGGAAAAAAGCCCCCGAAGUCUGACGGAAGUGAAGAUAGGCUGGGCAUACAGAGAGCAAUGGACCAAACCGUAGUCCGAGAGUCAGCCGUCUGCGAAUGGGAGGAAAACCAACGGCAGAUGAUGCUGCCUCUGCAGUGAUACAGAAGCGCACUACUUGCAGCGGAGAUCAUGGAUGGAAAGACAACUUUGCUGCUGCCAAAAUCCUCUAUUAAAUAUGUGAACUGA